CGCGGGGCAUUGUGGGUGCGGGGAGUGGAAUUUUGGAGCCAGAAGUACAGUAGUAAGAGUAACACUGUAGCCGCCGCCGGCUAAGGGGGCGCGCCGCGGAGGGGACGCCGCACCCCCUUUCUGUCGCAGGGAUCACCCCCAGCAGACUACCGGAGAGGAAAAAGCGCUCGAGGACCCGCUCCGGCCCAGACCACGUUUCCCCCAGGAAGCCGGACUCUAUGGGGCGGGACCCUGGGGGAGACUGAGCAGACCCAGGCCAGCCGCGCACCCCUGAACCGCGAGCCAGGGGCGCCCCGGGAGCACCGCCCGGUGGGCUCGCUUGCCCGCCCGCCCGCCGCGCAGCCAUGAGCGAGGUGGUCAUCUGUUCCAGCCGGGCCACUGUGAUGCUUUAUGAUGACAGCAACAAGCGAUGGCUUCCGGCCGGCACGGGUCCCCAGGCCUUCAGCCGCGUCCAGAUCUACCAUAACCCCACCAACAACUCCUUCCGGGUCGUGGGCCGAAAAAUGCACCCUGACCAGCAGGUGGUCAUCAACUGUGCCAUCAUCCGGGGGGUCAAGUAUAACCAGGCCACCCCCAACUUCCAUCAGUGGCGUGAUGCCCGCCAGGUCUGGGGCCUCAACUUCAGCACCAAGGAAGACGCAGCCCAGUUCGCUGCCGGCAUGGCCAGUGCCCUAGAGGCCUUGGAAGGAGGGGCCCCUCCUGGGCCUCCCGCACUGCCUGGCUGGUCAGCCCAGAACGGACCCUCCCCAGAAGAGCUGGAGCAGCAGAAAAGGCAGCAGCCCAGCCAGCCAGAGCACAUGGAACGUGAGCGCCGGGUCUCCAAUGCAGGAGGCCCUCCUGCUCCCCCAGCUGGGGGCCCACCCCCGCCUCCAGGACCUCCUCCUCCUCCAGGUCCCCCCCCACCUCCAGGGCUGCCCCCGUCAGGGGUCUCAGCUGCAGGACAUGGUGCAGGGGGAGGCCCACCCCCUGCACCCCCUCUCCCUGCAGCACAGGGUCCCAGUGGUGGGGGUGCUGGGGCUCCUGGCCUGGCUGCAGCAAUCGCUGGAGCCAAACUCAGGAAAGUCAGCAAGCAAGAGGAGACCUCAGGGGGUCCCUUGGUCCCCAAAGCUGAGAGCAGUCGAAGCACAGGUGGGGGGCUCAUGGAGGAGAUGAACGCCAUGCUAGCCCGGAGAAGGAAAGCCACGCAAGUCGGGGAGAAACCCAAGGAUGAAUCUGCCAAUGAGGAGCCAGAGGCCAGAGUCCCAGCCCAAAGUGAACCUGUGCGGAGACCCUGGGAGAAGAACAGCACAACUUUGCCAAGGAUGAAGUCGAUGUCUUCUGUGGCUGCUUCCGAGGCUCACUCCUCCGCCCCCAGCACUGCCAGUGAGUCAGACCUGGACAGUGUGAAGCAGGAGCUUCUGGAAGAGGUGAGGAAGGAACUGCAGAAAGUCAAAGAGGAGAUCAUUGAAGCCUUUAUCCAGGAGCUGAGGAAGCGGGGUUCCCCCUGACCACAGGGACACGAAGGACCCCCUUCUCCUUUCUGCACACCUUGCGCCGCCUGUCACCCUGCUUCCCUGCCUCAACUUGAUAUGGAAUUGGCUGAAGACAAUACAGGAAUGCAUCCUCCUCUUCCCCAUCCUGCUUGGAAAACUCCAAGGGGGAUGUGGCUUCCCUGGCACCAUACCCACACCCUUACUGGCUGCUGAUUGGCUGGGGAGGCCCCCACCCUUUGCUCCCUUUGGUCCUUCCGGUCUACCAUCCCCUUGGGGCUGGUCCCUCUGCUGGGGAUGUACCAAUUAACCCCACAGUAAGGGGAAGGAAGGAGGGAAUUGGAAUCUCACAUUCCCGUGUUCUAGAUUCACUUUAACACUUAUGCCUUCGAUUUUUUUUUUUUUGUUUGUUUUUUUAAGAAGAAAAUAUAUAUAUAUAUUUGGGUUUUUGGGGGGAAGGAAAUUUUUUUUUUCUCUUUGGUUUUGAUAAAGGGGUGUGGGAAUUUUUAAAUGCAAUAGCCCCAGGCUUGCCCCAUUUGGGGCAGCUAUUUAAGCUGGGGUGUCCCAUCGUGUGGGGUGCUCCCCUCCCCCACGAGGGACCUCCUUCCCUCUGUUCCCGUCCCUUUUUCUAUGAGGAAUUAAGAUGCUGUAACUUUUGAAACCUCAGUUUUUUUCAUUUUUUUAUUUGGGUAGGUUUUGAGGUCCAGACCAUUUUUAUCCCCUGGGGAGAGUUAUUCAGGGAGAAGGGAGAGGAGGGAAACUUUCUUCUCCCCCUCACCUUUAGCUUCUUGAAAAUGGGCCCUCGCCUAAUAAAUCUCCUGUUUUAUAAGUC